AGCGGAUAUACUGUGUGUGGUUGUGUUCAUGUUAUAAAUAACUAACAAUAACAUACUUUAAAAUGUUACUAAAGUGUUACAUUAUUGUACUUUGUGUGUAUUUAUCAUGUGUAUGCAGUGCACCGCAGAAUUAUGACAGAGACAAUUACUGGGAAUCACCUGAGCACCGGCGGCCACCACCUCCUCCGCAUGAUCAUGGGCCACCUCCCCCAGAUAACGAUAGAAGGCCACCCCCUCCCCCAAGAUAUGAUUAUGAAUAUGAUAGAAGACAGCCUCCACCGCCCGAUCAUGACAGAAGACCGCCUCCGCCCCCAGAUCAUGAUGGUCCACCUGAAGAACCACCUAGAGGACCACCGCCGCAUAGAGGUCCACCGGGCCGCAUAAGGUCACCUGGGCAGCGCGGUCCCGCCCAUAACAGAGGUCCCCCCGGCAACCGAGGUCCACCCGACAACAGAGGGCCGCCUGAUAACAGAAGUCCUCCUGAUAAUAGAGGUCCGCCUGAUCACAGAGGACCACCCGAAUCUAGAGGACCACCCCCCAACUUAGGUCCACCCAACAGAAGCCCACCGGACAACAGAGGUCCUCCAAACUACGCAGGACCACCUAAUAAUCGAGGCCUACCUGACUAUACGGCGCCACCUGACAACCGAAACCCACCCAAAUAUAUAGAAACACCUGCCAACUCCAGUCCAAUACGAGAUACUAACGAUAAUUCUAAUCAAUCCUCAGAAAAUUUACAGAAUCCUAACCCAAUCUCGAGUCAAACACCACAAUUAUUGAAUACAGUUCAAUCUGUUGCAAAUAAAGAUAACAGUGGUACCACUAAUAUUGUUACUAACCGGCCAAAUUUUCCUCACCUUUUCCAAGUCCAACCAAUCACUCCAGAAAGUUAA